CAUUCUUUUCUGUUUCUCUCAGGCACCUGUCGCCAGCUAGAGUUCGAUCACACUGUUGAUGGAAAGCGCCUCAAAAAUCACGUGAUUCGCACUGUUGACGUCACUGGUGAAAGAUCCUGCCGGACUUUGUGCUACAUGGAACCAAACUGCGUCAGUUACAACUUUAACAGAGUCACAAGGAAAUGUGAGCUGAAUAAUUCGACUUUCAGAGAAGGGAAGGAAAAGAUAGAGACAAUCCCAGAUUACAUAAACUGUGGAGCUAAGGUACGCAAGGUUUUAACACAGUAAAAAGUAGAUAAGGAACAGAAUUUUAAAAAUUCACUUUUUAAAUUAAUAUUUGGUUAAAGGAGAAAGGAGUGAGUUUACAUUCAAGUUAGCUCAAAGAAGUAUUUAAAGGAAUGCCUUUUUCUUGUCUUUUACCAGAAUGCCUGUGCGAAUAAACCAUGUAAGAACAAAGCAACCUGUCAAACCGGUUUUACCGGUAAGGGAUACCAUUGUUUGUGUCUUGUUGGAUUUGAAGGAGAACACUGCGAGAGCGGUAGGUUGUUUGAAAUCUUUGUCUAGUCCAACUUAAAGUUAUGCUUGGUGGCUCUUAGCUGCUCAUGUCUUCCGGUUUAUUUCUUGGCGCACCUACCUGACCGGCUAAUGUGUUGUCCUUUAAGACAUUGACGAAUGUGCUAAAAGUACCCACAAGUGCGGUGCCAGUGCUUACUGCAAUAAUACCAAGGGAGGAUACAACUGCACUUGUCAUCCGGGAUAUUACGGAGAUGGAAAGAAUUGUGAACCAGGUGAGUUUGUAGAUGUCGUUAUAACCUUACUUAAAACUUUAAAGUCAAUAAGAACCACAACAAUAUGACUCAGAAAAAGUUGCAGUUAUAUUCAGUUUGUUAGCAAUAUGGGAAAGGAAGUACACCAUAACUGGAGAUAGCAUUUCCACGAGCAGAUACAACGGAGCGAGCAACUCCCAUACGAGGCCUAACUAUGUAACAAAUGAUCGUAGGGGGUCGCAUAUCAAUUUUGUCUCUUCCAAAAUGUAAGAUAACAUCAUGUGGACUAAAAUCGAUUACAGAUAUUUAGGCCCUAAAGAUAAUGUUAGAUUAUCUUAGGAACUUAAUUAAAAACCUAAUUCAAAAUUGACUUUUGGGGUAUGCAGUCGUCAUCAUAUCUUUUAUGCAUCUCAAUUUUAUUUUAUAUUAGUUUUACAUUGUAUUUUAGGCAUUUUGUAGCUUCAAUAGUUUUAGCUCGCUUAAACGAGCUCCAGUGUGUUAUUGUUGUAAGUCAGUUUAAAUUAAUAUUCUAUCUAUCCAUUGAUAUCUUGACCAGCAUUUUUACGGCUCCCCCCUUUUUUUGACGGGGGGAGUUAGCUAAAAUGUAACAUUCUAAAGUACUGAAUUUAAUUUUAUGGUAAAACAAGAAUACCAAAUUUUUUGUUUUACGUAUUUCAAAGGGCAUGAGAUAAGCCAUUUCAGCAAACUGAAGAAAGCUUGUGCUUAACCCAGCCUAUAUGAACAUUUAACAGAAACUGUGACAAUUCAGUGCAUGAUUAACUUUUUUUACUUUGUUUUGUAAUACAGCUUUUUCUUGCAAAGACAUAUUUGACAAGAAAAUGUGAGUUAAAGGUUACAUAUCUCUUUAAAAUGUUUAGCCAUCCAAUACAUUUGUAGCCACAUGUUGACUCUUGAUUUAUAACAAAGAAAGAAAAGAAAAUCGAAAAGAAAACUAAAUAUAAGAAAUUAAACUGUGAGGAGCUAAUGUGACAAAUGAAAGUACGAUAAACAAGUGGCUUAACCUACCGUUUUUUUAUGAUAAAAGAUUGCGCUCUUGAGGCAGUAGUCCAGUACCUCACAUUAACGUCUAAUUUCAGUGGUCGACUAAAACAGUAUUUCUCAGGGAUAGGGGCAUUCUUAUGUCACCGUUUCUAUUGUUUUCUCAGCCAAUUGUGCGAGCCUUUCAGUGAUGUGCUGCUCGGCCCUUUUGAAGCAAUAGCUUGGCGGUUUAAGCAUGCUAUGCCGAAAUUUCCAUUAACAAGUACUUAAAAUAAAUUUCUUUUCAGAUCAAAUGAGAGCAAAGCCUACCCAUUGAUAAUGGAAAAUAAGGUCGUUGAGGCUUACUGUCACAUGACCGUUGCUUCUUCUGAAAAUGAAAGAUGUGGAAAUGGAGCAUGGACUAUGGUCAUGAAGACGGAUGGUAAUGAGGUACCUCCAGAUUCAUGUGCUAAUCUCUUCAAAUAAAGCUUACCAGAAGAACCUUGUUCCCAAUAUUGUGCCAAUAACAGCCGUGUUUAUGAUAGAAAUUCUACUGAAUCCAUGAAUGGGAUAUUUUUCAAGGGAGAAUGGUUGCUUUUGGAUUUCUUUUUCCGCCUAUAAGUUGAUUUCUACUCCUUCCUAAGGUAACCGAACGGUGCAUUUCCCUCUAUUGACAACUUAUUCGCUCCAGAAGGAAAUAAAAUAACUUAUUAUCAGCUAUCUCAAAAGGAUUAGAGGCAUUUUAAUAAACUUGAUAUCGGCAAUCUGAUAAACAUAGCAAAAAGAGAGGGCAUUGUAAUACGGGGAAUAGCGGGUUCAGCUCAAAAUGAAUAUGUAACCGUGACCGGCAAACGGUGAGUCAGACAUUGUUGCCAGUUAUAAUGCAUUUAUCUUAGCUCGAUCCCCUUAAUUCUCACGCUUAAAAAGGCGCUUGACAAAACGUUGGUUGGAGCAGAAGCCUCUUGUAACUCCAUGUAACUCUUUCACUUAACACUUUGGAUUAUCCUAUAGGCUUGAAUUUUUGUUGCCUGUUUUAUCUUAAGCCCAUUAUCAGUAUUUAAAACCGGACAUUGAGAGCCGGUGUUCUUAAAAGUAACCGGGCCAUUUUCUUCUCAAUUUUCAUUCCUAUACAAUUUCUUCCCCAUUUUUCUCUAACAGCAAACUUUUCACUACAAUUCUGACCUCUGGAACAACAAGAAAACAUUCAAUCUUGAUGGAGGGAAGACUGGGUUUGACUCACAGGAGACUAAACUACCCUCCUACUGGAACACGUCCUUCACCAAGAUCUGCCUCGGUAUGAAAAUCAACAACGAGAUCAAUUUUAUUGUCAUUCACAAGCAGGCGAACUCCUUGUACUCUCUGAUCGCUGAUGGGAAAUUCCGCAACACCUCACUGGGUCGUGACAAGUGGAUGUCCCUGAUUGGCUCUAAUGCCUCAUUGCAGCUUAACUGUAAAAAGGAAGGGUUCAAUGCACAGUGUAGUUUGAAUAAACGGUCCAAAACAAGAAUCGGUAUUCUCGGCAACGAUCAAAAUGACUGCUAUGAAUGUAACUCCAGAUUAGGGUUUGGAAGUGGAGGGAACUUCGAUGAUAGGGGGAAUACAUGUGGAAAUUUGGAUAACCACAAAGCAAAAAGACUGAGCAUCAAGACAAUGGGAUAUAUCCUGGUGCAGUGAGAACAAUGCUCCUUUGCAUAUCUUUGAACGAGUAGUGGGAAUAUGUUAUACACAAUCCUUUUAACGAAAAGUCAUAGUUACGAUGAUGAGUAGAAGUAACUUAAGUUAUAGACAAACAUUAUACACGUCUAGACCUGACGUUUUUUUAUGUCGAGACAUAUGAACAGACAACCAGUGUUUGUUUGACCAAGAAGAUUAUAGUCCGGUUCUUGGUGUGUAUAAAAGUAGAAGUGCUCGGAUUAUUUGUCCUUCUAUCCCUUGCCAUUGAAACCUGUGGAACUGAAGAAACGUUUUUAACAACAACUUAAAUCUAAACGCUUCUCAAUGUAUGAAAGCUACUUUUAAAAAACGAAGAAAUAUAUAAUAAUAAACUAAUAUAACAAACUUUAUUUCUAUAGUGUCUAUAUCACUAGCUGUUCUAGGCGCUUUACAAUAUUACAAAAAAUGUAUUAAGAUACAAAUAAAUUACAACAAUAGGAAUAAAAAUAAUGGUAGUAAUAGUGAUAUCAAAAAAACAAAUAAGUGUCCAAGGGCAUAUUAAGUAUAUCUACAACCCAGAAAAUCUAACAACCACAUAUAUAAGUAUGAAAAUAGAAACCUAUUAACAAAUUAAGAAAAAGCUUGGUGAAUAAAUAUGUCUUUAAGUGUUUUUUGAAGGAAUUCGAGGAAUUGGGAUUUCUUAAAUGUGCUGGUUUGCUGUUCCGUAAUUUAGGUCCCGCAAUAGAAAAUCUUCGAUCACCAGAAGACUUUAGCUUAGUUCUUGGGACUUAAAGUAACUUAUUCGAGCAAGAACGCAAAGAGAAGGAGCUGUUACAAAAACCGAGCAAAUUGGAUAUAUAUCUUGGUGAAAAUCCUUGACAGCCUUAUAUACUAACAAUGAGAUUUUAUAAAUAAUACGGUAUUCAACACGGCAACCAAUGUAAUUCUAUUAAGCUGGGUGCUAUAUGUUCAUACUUCUUGGUGAAUGUUACGAAACGCGCUGCUCUAUUCUGAACUAGCUGUAGACGGUUUAAGAAAACUUUAGAUAGUCCAUAUAGAAUCGCAUUACUGACAAUAAUCCAAGCUGGUAGUCACGGUAAGUUUCUUGACCCACUCCGCCUGCCAGUAUGACGUCACAUAGUAACGGACAAGAGCCUCGGGUCGCUUGUGCAAAUUAGCAAGGGAUACGACAGUUAUUUGGACGAGUGUGGUCGAGGAAAAGCUAAGAAGCUAGCAAAUAUCGCUAUAUAUCGCUAAUUUGAUCGAAUGUGUGCGAGCUUUGGUGUUGCUAUAAUCUGCUUGUGUAAACCGUUUUGAUAUUUUGUGUCCGUGAUUGUAUAAUUUUGUUAAUUUGUUUUGCGGGCCGUGUUGCGGGAUCGCUAUCUAUUUCACGGGACCGGCGAGGACAUCAAAACUUAAAUCUUUUUUUUUUCUCUAAAAUAGGCAAGGACUAGUCUCCAGAAUUGGAGGUUUCAUUCACAGAUCACGCAUGUUUAUAUUUCAUCUAUUCUUUUGCUAAUUAGAUGGGCCUAACUUCAUAUCAUUCCUUUCGAAUGUGGGCCUCUGUUGAUCUUCUAAUUCUGCACCAAAUUCAGUCAAGCUAGUUCGAUCGAUUAUCUACAUCGAGUCGGCCCGUUGAACCCGAAAUAAUGCGAAAUAGCUCUGAAAUACGAGCUUAAGCUAAUUUUCCUCAAAUAAAUAUGUUUGAAUUCAUGUUGAAUGCAGCUCCACCAGCUUCAAACAGCGUCUAUGGCAGAGAAAAAAUGUUUUGAUGUGACAAAAUUUCAAAUCAUGUGUGUCACUGUGGUGUAGUGGUCAAGGAGUUGCUUGUACGUGCAGAUAAACCGGGUUCGACUCCCGUCGACGCUGUUUUCUGUUCUUGUACCGUUUUAUUUUUUCUGUUUGGUCUCUUUUUUAACACUGUUUUUCCUUUUGGCCUUUUUUUCUUUAUUCUUACUGCUGACCCUGCCGAUCAUGAACUUGGAUCAAUAUAUAUUUUAAGCUUAAGUCCGGAGUUUUAUUUUGGAAAAGGGAUUUCAAAAUUAAAGCUCUCGAUCUGCAUCCUGGCCAGGCUUACGACCAGAUAAAAACCAUAAGCAGUCAAGACAUGUCCCUCCUCUGAAACAGCCGAAUUUUUUUCAGUUUUAGUUGAAAUCAUGACAAACAACACACGGUAUACCACAAACUGUACUAGUUUACACCCAACACCCACCAGUGACCCACUAGUGAAAGGUAUUAAAACUUGCCUUUUGUACAUCGUCUUAAUCAUCAAUAUUAUUAUCCUAAAAUCUCCCCUGGGUUUGCCCCCAAAAGAUAAUUAAACGAAACCUUUUAUUGGUUUUCGGGAUUUAAUUACAGAAUUACAGGUGUAUGCCCAAUACAGUAUUAAAAUGCGGUAAAGCAACAAGAUUCAAUGCUCACAGUCUCUCACAAAUACCUGUCAUUUAGCUUCCUCUUUCAAAGCUACAGCUAAGCGAGCUUUGAGGGGAAUGAUAUAGGGUUCCACUAGCUCUGAAGAGCUGAAAAUACGCACAAUCUAAAGUAUAAUACAUCCUUUCAUGAACUUCCUAUUGCUGUGUCUAAACUCCUCAAUCUUGCUGUGCACUAGCCCUCAAAACUGUGACCGAUCGGUAUGAUUGUCCGUAAAAUUUGCUCGACGUGAUAAAAUCGAAAUUUUUAUCCGUCUCUUCGAUGAACACUGCUCGCCAUUUUGAAAGUCACUGACGCCAGAUGUGACGUCAUACUGGCAGGCCGACUGUUCCACAGAUUUCCUUGGAGACACCUCCCCCCCGUGUCAGCCUUUAUGCUAUUUUACUUCACAGUUUUGAAAAAAUAGAAUAAAUUUAUAGCAUGAUUUAAAAACUGGCGUUAGGUAAAACAGAAAAAAAAUUAAUUUUUUCCUGCCUGUCUUGUCAUGUUAAUGACUGCUUAUUGACCGGCUAUUUGUAGGUACCAUUAAUGGCAUUUGAAACUGAUACUGUUUGUUUCUUUCCAUCUUGUAGUUAAUUUGUUAACGGGUUUGUCAGAUGGACUCUUCAAGAACACUUAAUCUUAUUAAUUUUCUUAAGAGGCAUGUAGUUAGGGAGAUAUGUAGACAGGGGCUUAUCUAAAUGUUUAGUCUGUUCUAUUUGCACGGAGGAAGAAAUUGAAGAAAUCCAUCAAAAAUAAUGGAUUAAAGGAGGAAAAAAAUACGAAGGUUGAAAAAUUAAACUUUAAUACAUGCAUUAAUUAAAAUGUGUGUAAAUAAAUAUCCAUACAUCAUACAUAUUUUAGCUGUUAGAUGUCAAGCUUGUUGUUCAAAGACUGAAAGGUAACGCCCAUUAGUAAAUGAAUUGUCUUAAAACGCAUUCAGCAGGUUGAAUUUAUGACAGAAGCUUUGUAGAGGUGUGCACAGUUCUUUCAAACUUCCGAAAAAAAUUUCUGGCAUUUGUCAUUAUGUUAUUUGUUCUUAUUUUCUGGAUUGCUACCGAGUUGUUAUGUCCGGUUCACGGACAAUUCUGCAGUCCAAGUGGAGGUUAGUUAAAUUUUGUCACACGCAUAUAUGAUAGCUCCUAAGAAAUUUUGAACAGUUUAAAAGUUAAAGUUAAGUUAAAAACAAUUGGUAUUUUAACCAGCGAAAAAAGCCAAUUUGCCAAGCUACCUUACAAACUUAGAACGUUUAUCAGGUUAGUUAGCUAAACAAAAGUAAAGAGAUUGUUUCAAAGUAAAGGUUUUAGGAAGGUUUGCACUGAAUACAAUUGAAAGCUAUUUUAGUUAUUCAUCUGACUCAGGACAGAAUCAAUAUAGGGGUUUUGUGCCACCUGAGAGUGUCAAAGAUCUUUUUAACUAAUAAGCGUUUAGUACAUCAUUUUAUGUUAUUUCCACUCAGCUUAAAACAUUUGAACAUUUUACAAAUGGUUAACAGGAAACGUUGUCUUUUAUUAGUUUGGGGAGUGUCUGUCUGUUAUAUCAACGCGUCUUUAAUUAAAUAUGGCUUAACUACUACCUUUUCAAUACCGACUACUGACAAUAACUUCAUUAACUAACUUCAUUGGCAAGGAAUCAACACCCAACGGCAAUUUUCGGGAAAAUAUCUGUUCGGAAGACGAUUAGAGAUCUAGAAUUUUCGGAGCAUUUGUUGUAAAAUUUCUUGCUUGCCUGCCUCUCCUAUGAUUUUCGAACAUCUACAAAAUGGUAUAAUUACCCAUUUUUACCGGAUUUUGACCUUAAAAAAGGCCACCUAGAAUUUCGGGAGCCUUUUCCUGGCUGAAAUUUUCAAGAAGGUAAGUUUUGAUCCCUAUAAUUUUCUGAUCACUAGACUUUCAGCUAGGAAAUCCGAACAGAUGGAAAGUUUUUAGGGGAUAGAAAUAUGCCUAUAUCUACCGUUUGAAUACCAAAAUACGUUUAUCAAUGCUAUGUUAAGUGGUUUUGAACUAUAUUCUCAUUGGGUGCCCCUGAGGAACUGAAGGAUAACACGUUUCAGUCACUUUUCCUUUCGAAUGAUAGAAGUGAAAAUUAAUAAGUUAGAGAAUUUACGUAUACUGUCGGUUGUUGAGUAUGCGCUGGGUAUUGAAGUCACUCGGAUUUUGCAAACGGCUGCUUAUUCUGUUCCUGUUCAGUUCUGUUCUGUUCUGUUUGUAUUUGUCUUAGCUUUACCUAAAAACUGAUAAAUAAAUCCCAUGUUUCAGUUUUAUUUUAACUGGGCUUAAGGAUGUACAAACGGGGAUGCAAAAUUUUAAGACAUCUUUUAGUUUUAACUUGUAUUAUUCAAAGUUGUAGCUAAUGCCAUAUUGUUGUUUGGUUGCUUAAAACUGACAUGCGAACGCUUCUGAUAUUGCGAACCUGUUUUUGUAAUUCAUUUCUUCGUUGCUUUUGUGACGCGGAUAUAGAGGAUAUUACAUGGCCGCGCGGGGAUGCGAAUUUUAUCUUCGAGUGCUGAAAGUAUCUGUCAGCACGAGAAGAUAAAAUUCGUAUCCCCAAGCGGCCAUGGAAUGUUCUGUUUAUUUUAUAGAUACUGAUGAAAUUCCUACAUAAAACACAACUUUUUUUUUUCGGCAAAUAUUCCUGAAUGUUCUUCAAGCUCGGAAAAGUAUCGAUUUGAACAUUUGGCAGCUUGACAUAACGGUUAACAAGGAAAGUCAUAUUCAAAGUAAAGGUUGGAGGAAAGUUUGCACUGAAUUCAAAGAUAGAAUUCCGGCAAUGCAAACAGAAUCAAUAUAAAGCUUCAGUAGUGCCGCCUUAUUUUAUAUUAUUCCAACAAACUUAAAAGUUUGAAGAAACAAUUAACAAGGAUCGAAACUAGUUUUAUUAAGUUUUAAGAAACAUCAUCUUUUCAGUAACUCAGUCCUUGUCUGGUAAACUAUGUGAAAAAUAAUAGCAAAAGAACUUUUUCUAGAGCUUAAAUAAAUUCACACUGUUAUAAUGAAGUGAAGCCAUUGGUUGGCUUUACGGGAAAAGCCCCCCGAAAUUAUUUUCAGUUUUAGUUUACUUGAAAAUGAGAAACAUGUUGUACAGCCUACUUAUAAGCCCUAAACUUAAGUAGGUGCAAAAUACCGCAUAUGCCCCUUCAGCGGGCUUGGUAAGCGACAUAAACAAGAGUGUGAUUGAUUAAAAAUUAAUAGAUGUAUAGAAAAUUUAAGACUUAUGAUGCAACUUUAUUUCCCCUGUUUUAAUCAUACUUUUUUUGCAACGGUUAAAUUUUCAUAAACUUUUUUGUUAGGGAGGAGUUACAGUAUUAUUAAAUGAGAUGUUUUAAAUGCGGCAACAAUCUACAUACGUCGGAUUUUGAACGUCAAGCUAUAAUUUUUCGGUACUCAUUCUUUUCUGUUUCUCUCAGGCACCUGUCGUCAGCUAGAGUUUGACCACACUGUUGAUGGAAAGCGCCUCAAAAAUCAUGUGAUUCGUACUGUUGACGUCAAUGGUGAAAGAUCCUGCCGGACUUUGUGCUACAUGGAACCAAACUGCGUCAGUUACAACUUUAACAAAGUCACAAGGAAAUGUGAGCUGAAUAAUUCCACUUUCAGAGAAGGGAAGGAAAAGAUGGAGACAAUCCCAGAUUAUGUAAACUGUGGAACUAAGGUACGCGAGGUUUUAAUACAGUAAACAGUAGAUAAGGAACAGAAUUUUAAAAAUUCACUUUUUAAAUUAAUAUUUGGUUAAAGGAGAAAGGAGUGAGUUUACAUUCAAGUUAGCUCAAAGAAGUAUUUAAAGGAAUGCCUUUUUCUUGUCUAAUACCAGAAUGCCUGUGCGAAUAAACCUUGUAAGAACAAAGCAACCUGUCAAACCGGUUUUACCGGCAAGGGAUACCAUUGUUUGUGUCUUGUUGGAUUUGAAGGAGAACACUGCGAGAUCGGUAAGUUGAUUGAAAUCUUUGUCUAGUCCAACUUUAAGAUAGGCUUGAUGGCUCUUAGCUGCUCAUGUCUUCCGGUUUAUUUCUUGGCGUGCCUACCUGACCGGCUAAUGUGUUGUCCUUUAAGACAUUGACGAAUGUGCUAAAAGUAUCCACAAGUGCGGUGCCAAUGCUUACUGCAAUAAUACCAAAGGAGGAUACAACUGCACUUGUCAUCCGGGAUAUUACGGAGAUGGAAAGAAUUGUGAACCAGGUGAGUUUGUAGAUGUCGUUAUGACCUUACUUAAAACUUUAACAUCAAUAAGAACCACAAUAAUAUGACUCAGAACCAGUUGCGGUUAUAUUCAGUUUAUUAGCAAUAUGGGAAAGGAAGUACACUAUAAUUGCAGAUAGCAUUUCCAGGAGCAGAUACAACGGAGCGAGCAACUCCCAUACGAGGCCUAGCUAUGUAACAAAUGAUCGUAGGGGGUCGCAUAUCAAUUUUGUCUCUUCCAAAAUGUAAGACAACAUCAUGUGGACUAAAAUAGGGGAAGGUAGCGAAAAUGUAACGUUUUAAAAUACUGAAUUUAAUGUCAUGGUAAAACGAGAAUACCAAAUUUUUUAUUUUACGUAUUUCAAAGGGCAUUGAAGAUAAGCCAUUUCAGCAAACUGAAGAAAGCUUGGCUUAACCCAACCUAUAUAAACAUUUAACAGAAACUAUGACAAUUCAGUGCAUGAUUCAUUUUUUUAAUUUUGUUUUGUAAUACAGCUUUUUCGUGUAAAGACAUACUUGACAAGAAAAUGUGAGUUAAAGAUUACAUAUCUUUUUAAAAUGUUUAGCCAUCCAAUACAUUUGAAGCCACAUGUUGCCUCUUGAUUUAUAACAAAGAAAGAAAAGAAAAGUGAAAAGAAAACUAAAUAAAAGAAAUUAAACUGUGAGGGGCUAAUGUGACAAAUGAAACUACGGCAAAUAAGUGGCCUAACCUGCCGUUUUUUAUGAUCAGAUUGGGCGCUGGAAGCAGUAGUCCAGUACCUAACACUAACCUCUAAUUUCAGUGGUCGACUAAAAACAAUAUUUCCUUUUGUUUUCAGGGAUAGGGGCAUUCUUAUGUCACCGUUUUUCUCAGCCAAUUGUGUGAGCCUUUCAGUGAGGUGCUGCUCGGCCCGUUUGAGGCAAUAGCUUGGUGGUUUAAGCAUGCUAUGCCGAAAUUUCCAUUACAAGCAAGUACUUAUAAUAAAUUUCUUUUCAGAUCAAAUGAGAGCAAAGCCUACCCAUUGAUAAUGGGAAAUAAGGUCGUCGAGGCUUACUGUCACAUGACCGUUGCUUCUUCUGAAAAUGAAAGAUGUGGAAAUGGAGCAUGGACUCUGGUUAUGAAGACGGAUGGUAAAAAGGUACCUCCAGCUGCAGAUUCAUUUACUAAUCUCAUCAAAUAAAGCUUACGAGAAGAAACUUGUUCCCGAUAUUGUGCCAAUAACAGCCGUGUUUAUGAUAGAAAUUCUACUGAAUCCAUGAAUGGUAUAUUUUCAGGAGAGAAUGGUUGCUUUUGGAUUUCCUUCUUUUAAGUUAAUUUUUACUCCUUAAUAAUCCUAAAGUAACCGAACAGUGCAUUUCCCUAUAAUCGCUCAUCAAUUCUUAAAGUUUAAGUUUAUUAUUGACAACUUAUUCGCUCCAGAGAGAAAUAAAAUAUCUUACUAUCAGCUACCUGAAAAGGAUUAGAGGCAUCAAAUAAACUCGAUAUCGGCAAUCUGAUAAACAUAGCCGGCAAAAAGAGAGGGCAUUGUAAUACGGUGAAUAGUGGGUUCAGUUCAAAAUGAAUAUGUAACCGUGACCGGCAAACAAUGAGUCACACACUGUUGAUGUCAGUCAUAAUGCAUUUAUCUUAGUUCGAUUCCCUUCAUUCUCACACUUAAAAAAGUGUUUUACAAAACUUUGGUUGGAGCAGAAGCCUCUUGUAACUCGAUGUAACUCUUCCACUUUAAGCUACUGAACACUUUGGAUUAUUUUAUGGGCUUGAAUAUUUUUUGCCUGCUUUAUCCUAAGCCCUUUAUCAGUAUUUAAAACCGGACAUUAAGAGUCCAUUCUUAACAGUAACAGGGCCAUUUUCUUUUCAAUUUUCAUUCCUUUACAAUUUUUCCCCAUUUUUCUCUAACAGCAAACUUUUCACUACAACUCCGACCUCUGGAACAACAACAAAACAUUCAAUCUUGAUGGAGGGAAGACUGGGUUUGACUCACAGGAGACCAAACUACCCUCCUACUGGAACACAUCCCUCACCAAGAUCUGCCUCGGUAUGAGGUUCAACAACCAGAUCAACUUUAUUGUCAUCAACAUGAUUGCCAGUUCCUUGUACUCUCUGAUCGCUGAUGGCCAAUACCGCAAGACCUCACUGGGUCGUGUCACGUGGAAGUCGCUGAUUGGUUCCCGUGCAUCAUUGCAGCUGAACUGCAAAAAAGAAGGGUUCAACGCAAAGUGUACCUUGAGUGGCCGUUCCAAAACAAGAAUUGGUAUUCUUGGCAACGAUGAAACCAAUUGUCAUAGAUGUAACUCCAGAUUGGGGUUUGGCAGCGGAGGGAACUUCGAUAAAACAAAUACAUGUGGAAAUUUGGAUAAUGACCGGAAUAAAGGACUGAGCAUCAAGACAAUGGGGUAUAUCCUGGUGCAGUGA